CUGAGGCCUACUUAGCCUUUCCAGAUACGAAAGAGUCAAAAGAGAUUUCAUUUCUGAUUAGUCGCGAAACUCUCUCUCGCCAUUGUUGCACAUCUCUCUUUCCAACCCUAAAUCGAGAACUGAUCAGGUGCCUGAAACAACCAGUCGUUAAUCAUGGGAAGCGCUCUCGAUGGAUUUUACAGACUUAUCAUGCGCCGUAACUCCGUCUACGUCUCCUUCAUCAUCGCCGGCGCUUUCUUCGGCGAACGGGCUGUGGAUUACGGUGUUCACAAGCUGUGGGAAAGCAAGAAUGUUGGGAAACGGUAUGAAGACAUAUCUGUGUUGGGUCAAAGGCCAAUUGAAGAAUGAUAUUUCUCCUUUUUGAAUCUCACAGACAAAAAGAAUUAAGUGGAAAUUUCCAUGUUGUUUUGCACUCUUGAGUCUCUUUCUUUGUUGAAUAAAUCCUUGGGAUGAUUUUCAUACUUUCACCUAAAAGUGCUAUUUGGCUCUUGAUUAAUUGAAUUUUUUGCAUUGUGAAAAUAUGAUAACAUUUUUCAUACGUCGUCGCAUUGCACGUAUCAGUAGUUUAGUUCUCUUUGAUUUAAAUUUGCC